GGGUGUAUGUUUGGGGGCGCUCUGUGUGGUGCAUGGGGGUCCCUUGGGACUAUCCACCAGGCUCUUCAGGCAGAGAGGCUGCAGGGAGGCAAUGGGGUCGAAAGUCUGUGUGGGGUGCUGGUAACAAUGACAAGUAAUAAAAUAAAAUCUGAUGAAAAUAGAAGUAAGCGUAGAAAAGAGAUGGAGAAUGAAGCUUCAGAAAGUCCGCAGCUGUCCUCUCUUGAAAGACCAGACUUGGCUCUUUCUGAAAGCUCACAGUCACUUUACAAUCCCGAGGCACUGGAAAAGGUUUUAAAUGAUAUAAACAAGGAAAUUAAUAACCUGUUGUCAAAAUAUGCCCACAUUUUAAGUGAUAGAGCAGCAGUGGAUGCUUCUUAUGUACAAGAGCUUGAUGGAAUCUUGAAAGAAGCAAGGAUCAUAGAAAAUCAUUUGAAGCAGAAGAGAGAGAGUCUGAGGAACAGGUUCACAGUCAUUGCAAACACUUUGCAAAGCUAAAAUUGAUUUUGUCUGGAAAAUAAGUUGAAUGUAGGGCACAGAGUGUUGGUUAUGUAUGGUGUUGUGUACUAGAACAUAAAUUGUAUGAAAGAUGCAGGGUGUCAUACUCACAUUAGUAUCUUUCAGUUCAGGCAAAUUUUUACAUUUUUGGAAGCAGCAUAUUUUAUUGAAAUAUAACAAAAAAUCAAAACAAAGACAAUAGAUACUAUUUAGUGCAGUGUUAAUUAGUGAUACAAGGCACUGAUCUCUGUUAUAAAACCCAUGCCUUCAAGGGUUUUUUUUUAAAUCAACUGAUAAGUUUAUCAUCUUUGAUGGCUUGCUGACCCACUGUUUACACAGAGCCUUGGGUUUCCUUCCCUUGAGCAUUCUGAAAAGAUGGGAAGAACAAAAUAAAGGGAUCUUUGAGUUAGUAGAUUUCAAGGGUUUGGAUCUAUCACAGAAGAACAGAAGUGGGCAGGACUUUGAUACUAAAAUCUAGGAUUUUAUCAAACAUUGUCAUGACUAAACUUUUCUCCCAGAACAUAUGUGACAUCCUUUAACAAACUUCGCUAACAGUAUACAUGAAAAUAGUCUUUAAAUUGUUUUUUCACUUACUGAUUUCUGUUAUUGUUUGUUUCUAUAUGGUGGAUUUAAUUCUACAAACAAUUCUUACAAGAAUAAAGUAUUGUUUGAGGUCUUAGAAUAUAUAGAAAGGAAGGAAGCUUGGGAAUGAGGGAGCUAAAAGGAUCUUAUUCUGGAAGGGUGCAAAAUACCUUUUUACAAUGUUUAUUUGAAAAUACACUUUAGCUCUUCUGUUGAUUUUAAAUGAAUUAAAGGGCAAGAUUUACAAUGCUUUGGGUCACAUGGUCAAAUCCCCAUGUAAUAUGUUGAAAAUUAACCCCAUACUAUGUCAGUAUUGUGUGGCAUAUAUACAGUUUACUUAAUACUUGAAUAGUAUUUGGACAGUUUUUCUGCACUAUCUGUUGACUGAGUUCAAACAAUAAAAUGUACAAGGCAUCAACUGUGCUAAGCUAAUGUAAGAAAAAGAACCACUAGAAAGUCCUGUAGGUUGGUGCCUAAAUAGCUUUGAAAAUCUGAGCCCUGAUCUACUUCUUACUGUGUAUCCAUUUUAUAAGAAUAUUACAUUAGCUUAACAAUUUUAUGUUAUCUUUUAAAAUACAUUAUUACAUUGCUCUUAAUGGGUACUGUAAAAGGUUAAUUUAGGAGAAUGGGAGAGAUGUAUAAAACAACUAGAGUUUGUAGAAUGCCAUGGUAGCUGCAGUUUACAACCUUCAUAAACUUAAUUUUACACAUGACAUCACUGUUAAUAUUUAAUGUUCACUAUUCUGGAUUGUAUGUUUGUCUUGUCAUACCUUCCACCUUAAUUUAGACAAAAUCAAAAUGUGAAGACGGAAGAUAUUCUCCACCUUGAUUUACAAAUAAUACUAAUUAAUAUAAUAUUUUUGUUUACUACUCUAAAAUGUUUAUCUUAGACUAAGAAUUUGGCUCUCUUUAAAAAAGGGAAAUUGCAAAAUUAUGGUUAAUCAUAGUUUCACAAAACUCCAUCCAAAAUGUUUCCUUGGACAGGUCAGCACUCUUGUUACUGAAUUUAGAAACCUAAAUCCUUAUUUAAGCACCUAAAUAAAUGGUGCCAAGAAAUCCAUUGGUGCCAAGAAUUCAGUGUCCAUUAAAGUCAAGGGGAGUUAGUCACAGGUGCUCACAUCUGUGGUAAUCAGGCCAUUUAUUUAGAUGCCUGACUAUGGAUUUAGAUGUUCUCAGGCAUGCCAGUUGAAAAUUUUGGCUGAAACAUUUAUAGUAUCAGUAAAAAUUAGAGCUCAUGAAAGACCCAUUGGAACACAUUGUUAAAAUUCUUUGCCAGUAACAUUAUUUUUACAGAGCACUGUCCAAUACCAUUACGUCUGCAAUGCUUUGCAAAAUUUAAAGAUGUUAUGAAAUCUAUUUAAUAUGAGUAUAAUUUGUAGAUAUAAGUGCAUGUCUUUCAAGUAUGAUUGCACAGUCAGGCUCUAAGGUGCAAUUAAAUGCAAGGUAUUCAUUUCUGAAGAAUCAUCAUUAGUUUUGUGUAGUCAUGUCUCAUGUAACUUGUUCUUUUUGCAUCUGAGCUGUUUCAUGUAAAAUAUCAUUCAUAACCUAUGUCACCCAAGUUAUAAGAGUCUGCAGAUGUUACAUGUUAGGACUUUGUUCUAGUGACUGUGCUUUAUAGUCCAAAAACAUAUUGAAGAUAAAAUCAUUUGUCAUGUCCAUAGUUAUGCUUCAUAGUUAAGUGGAUUGCCAAAAACAAUAAAAAAAUCUUAUGAUACGUUUUGUUUUUUUUUAAAGUGCAGACACGAAGUUUGCCUGAUUUUGAAAUAGUCACUUAUGUGCAUUUCUGCAGUGCUUAUCACCAUAUUAUUUGGGUAGCAAAUAAACAGAAAUAAAGAUCGAUUCAGUUCCUCCAAAGAAGACCAAAGCAGGCAUCUCAUACUUAUGUACAUUUAGGCAACUACCUAAAGAAAUAUUAUCAACUUGAUUUUUUAAAAAUGAAUUUUGUAAAGGUUCAGCUUCUGAUAAAAUGUUAUUUAAAAUAGUAUGUCCUGAAUCUUUAGAACAUUUCAUUCAAGUAAAACGUUUCUCCUUCCUUUGAUGGUUUGGAAUGUCUGGGAAGUCAGCUGAGAUGCUUAAGAUACCACUGAGACUGCCUCUCAGUUAACCUGGGCCCCCUUUUACCUGGUCUUGCUUAGCCAGGCUCUCAAGCCUCCUUCAGCAAAGUACAAAGGCAGAGAUACAGAUGAGUUCUGGGAGGACUCAAUUUAAGGGACACCCACAGGAAGGCCAAGUCUUUUCACACAGUCCAUUGUUCUAGCUGAUGAGCCCUACCUUGCUUUUACCUUGAAGUGUCAUCUGUAAAGCAGCAAUAUGAAAUUCAGAUACACAGAUCAAUAUUCCUAACUUCAGAUUCAAAAAUGAUAAAUGCAUACAAAUGGAAUUAUCAUAUUAAUCAAAUCAUAAUCUUUCUAAUUAUACCUUACAUGAGCCAUCCUACAUAAAGCAUAUCUCAAUUACGUUAUAUUCAUAUCAUAAGCAUGUUUUCAUAAAGCAUAUGAAUGCCAUGCCACAUUUAUCUAUUGAUUUUAUAAGUCUUGUCAUCUGUGUAAAAACUGAUUGACUAGCUAAGUUCAUGUUUCAAUUUUUCUUAGUUGAAAAAAGAAUCUGCAGUAACAACCUUAUUAGCUAAAAGUAUCAGAGUGCUCUUUCUGUGUGCCUGUUGGCUGCUGUUAGUGUUCUGCACUGCUCCUAUAGGGUAGGUCUAAACUACAGAGAAGAUCAAAGCUGCUGCUGUCAAUCUUUCAGGAUUUGAAUUAGCAGGUCUAGUGAAUUUGCGGCCACCAUGCCACCGCAGAGAGUCUAUCAAGAGUUUUUUCUAUUCCGUAAUGUCCCUGUGCAUGAGAUAGGGAUAAUAACUCUUGCCUAAGUACUGUGGGCAUAAUUAAAACUGGAAUUUCUUCGUCACUCAAUGAUUCUGUCUGUCUCUGUGCCAUGAUUAUUCCUGUAUGGUGCUUAAAGAUUCUAUAAUUCUUAAAUUUCUCUUAGUUUCAUGAUUUCUUGAUCUGAAGUUUGUAAUUUUAGAAUGUCCAUCAUUUCCUUAUCACCUGCUGGUUCAACUGAGUUAAUCACUUCAGAGGCUACUCUCCAUGAUUGAUUCGGGGGUAAUGUUGCUGCCUUUUUUGCUAGUUGAUCUGCACGGUUAUUGAAAUUAGAAAUUUCCUCUUGAUUUUUCUGGUGUGCUCUCAAUUUAAACAGGUAAGUUUUUCCUUUCCGCGACUUUGCCAAGUUCCAUGCAUGGUUUAAUAAGUUGGCAUGUGCUACCGGUUUAUUAUUGGUUGUGCACAUUCUGCGUUCCCUCCACACCAGCAUCCAAUCAAUAAGCGGUCUGAGUACCCAGAGUCCAUGCAAAUAGUGAUUUUUUGUUCCGAAGGGCUGUUUUCAAGAGCUAAGAUCACUGAGAGGAUUUCCACAGCUUGUGCAGAUGUGACCAAAAUAGUCUUUAGUAUUUUAGUUUCCGAGGCCACAUGUAAUGCUGCUGCCCCCACGGAUAACUGUCCAUUAUACCUAAGGCAGCUUCCGUCCACCACCCAUAUAUUAUUAGGAGUAUAGUCUUUGCUCAACUCAUAUUUAUCCACUAAAAAAAAUGGUGAUGUUUCUGUAGGAAUCUUGAUGCCAGGGAUUGGACAUUCAUGACUGUUAAGUUCGGUAGGUGAAACAGGAUGACAGAGUAGAGCUGGAGCCAUAUUAUAGGUCUUGGAAGGUUCAAUUUUAACUCGGUGAUUCAUUAAAGCUAAAGUCCAUUGGGCUAUUCUAGGGUGGCUUACCUGCCCAUUAUUUGCUCGACCAGAUAUUAUGUAUCGUACGGGAGUAUGACAAGUUCUUAAUAUGACAGGUGCCAUUCCCACAAUGUAUUCCCAAUGUUGUAAGGCCCAGACAAGCACCAAUACCUCUUUUUCGCAGCUACUAUACUGCUGUUCCAGGAGUGGGAAGGCCUUGUUUGGACACAGACUGGCUAACCUUGUGAGGAGGGCUUUAAACUAGGUUUGUCGGGGGCAGGUGAGCAAAGCCCACAGGUUCCCAUUCAGGCAUGGUGAUUUCUUGACACACCUUUACUGCUCCCAAACGGUGGGAUGAAGAUAUCAAAGUCACAACUUCUUCUAUGUUAUUAGUCUUAUAGAUACACUUAUUUGGCAGAUCAAUCACCAGUCCACAUUUCCUAAUUAGAUCUAUACCAAUGAUUCCAGUAUUAUCGAGUUCCUGUAGACCCAUAGUAUUGGUUAUCCACAAAGAUCCUAUUCGGCAUUGUACAUCCUUAAUAAAUGGUGUUACAGAUGA